ACAUCCAUGUUUGUUCCAGAGCCGGUUAUUUCUUUAUCGAUCACGCCAAAUGUCAAAGACUCUCCAAACUUUUCAAAGGCCCUAAAUAAAUUUCAGAGGGAAGAUCCUACCUUUCGUGUUACAUACGACCUAGAAAGCAAAGAAACUAUUAUUUCUGGAAUGGGCGAAUUACAUCUAGACAUUUAUGUUGAACGCAUGAAGAGAGAAUAUAAUGUUGAUUGUAUAACAGGCAAGCCUCAAGUGGCUUUCAGAGAAACUAUAAUGUCAACAGCUAAAUUCGAUUAUACGCAUAAAAAACAGACUGGUGGGGCUGGCCAGUAUGGUAAAGUGAUGGGAUAUAUUGAACCAUUAAAGGAAGCAACGGAUGAAGAUGAAGAGCCACUUCCAGCAUUUGAAAGCCGAGUCGUUGGUGGGCAUAUUCCAACCAAUUUCAUUCCGGCUGUUGAAAAGGGUUUUCAAGACGGUCUAGAAAAAGGUUCCUUAAUCGGUCAUCCUAUUAAAAAUGUUCGUUUUGUUCUUGAAGAUGGAGCCCAUCACGCUGUAGAUUCUUCAGAACUUGCAUUUCGUCUUGCAGCGUUGUACGCAUUUCGAGAAGCAUUCAUGAAGGCUAAUCCUGUCAUUCUGGAACCAAUUAUGAAUGUAUCUAUUACUGCACCAAUUGAAUUUCAAGGGGCUGUCAUUGGUAAUUUAAACAAGCGAAAAGGUACUAUUCUUGAUACAGAAAUUCAAGAAGAUCAUUUUGUUGUGACUGCAGAAGUUUCUUUAAAUAAUAUGUUUGGAUAUUCAUCAGAUUUAAGAAGUGCUACACAGGGUAAGGGUGAAUUUACAAUGGAGUACAAAACACAUCAACCUGUUUUACCUUAUGUUCAGGAAGAAUUAAUUAAUGAAUACAAAAAAAAGAA